AUGUCCGACUCACUGUUCGAUCCCCUCAAAGUCGACUCCCCUCGAAAUCGCUCAAGCUCCAAUUUCCCUGGAAUGAAGGGCCUGUCAAUCUCAAAUCCGCUCUCAGAUUCUACUUUCUUGGAGAGCCCGACCCAGAAAUGUUUCGACUACCUGCCUGAUCGUAAACACCUAGACUACGCCGAGCACACACUCGCGUUGCUUGUGCUCCUCGAUCAGAUGCCUCGGUAUUCGUAUAGCGGCCUGGAUACUCGUUAUACCUAUGAAUUCUUUGGCGAGACGGCAAGAAGACUCGUCAAGGAGUUGUUACAUGACGGUGUGCCACCGGAUUCGACAGAAGAGUGGAUAUCUAGGCUGGGUCCAGGUUUUGGCUUUGAAGAUGCGAUGAUUCGAAAAUAUUAG